GGUUUGCCAGUCAGUUGACGUAGCCGCGUCGUUCACGUAACACAAUAUGCUCUCGGUUAUCGCGGGCACGGUUUUCUACAUCGCGACAUGGGCAUCCGCGCUGAACGAUCCGCUGUCAGAUUUACCCAGGUUCGGCAAACCGUUGAACAACCUGACAGUCUCCGUGGGCCGCGAAGCCAUUUUUACCUGCCACGUGGAAAAUCUUGGCCCGUACAAGGUGGCGUGGCUGCGGGUAGACACGCAGACGAUACUCACGAUAGCUACCCACGUCAUCACGAAGAAUCAUCGGAUCGGCGUGACGCACAUGGGCCAUCGCAUGUGGUCGUUGCACAUCAGGGAUACCAGGGAGACGGACAGGGGAUGGUAUAUGUGCCAAGUUAACACCGAUCCCAUGUCCAGCAACACCGGAUUCCUCGAUGUAGUCGUACCACCGGACAUCCUGGACGACUCGACGAGCACGGACAUGGUCGUGCGCGAGGGUAGCAACGUGACAUUACGAUGCGCCGCUACCGGCACCCCGGAGCCGACUGUCACGUGGCGCCGUGAGGUCGGAGGGAAUUUGACGAACCUAGUCCACGGCUCGGUGUUGGAAAUAACGCGUGUCACGCGCGACCAGAUGGGCUCCUAUCUGUGCAUCGCGUCGAACGGCGUGCCGCCAGCAGUCAGCAAACGGAUCGUUCUCAUCGUCCACUUUCAGCCAAUGGUGAGGAUUGAGAAUCAGUUGGUCGGUGCUUACGAGGAUCAAACGCUAGUUUUGGAAUGUCGCAGCGAGGCUCAUCCGAAACCCAUCACUUAUUGGACCAGGCCGUCGAACGAGACCAUCGCGAACGACAACAAUUACAAGGUUGAAGCUAUACCACAGGGAUAUGAGAUUACGAUGAGGCUUACUAUAAAAUCUGUACAACCUCAUGACUUCGGGUCGUUCAGGUGUGUGGCGACGAACUCGUUAGGAGAAACCGAUGGAAAAAUCAAAUUGUACAGAAUCGAUAGAUCGCCGACGACUCGCAAGCCAAACAGCAGGCGGGACUCAAAGAAGAGCUGGAAGAUCGAUUACAGUCACGAGAGAAACUCGGCUGGCAUGAAGGACGAGCCGAUGCUGAAAGCCAUCGACGACGAGGAACAGAGCGAUUUCCAAUCGGCCACAGCCUCGUCGAUCUUCGCGAAUUUGUUCGCGAAUCUCGGUAUUACCGCCGUCACCGCCAUUUUAGCUGGCGGCUUGUCGACGUAGGCCUUUCUGUGAUCAUAGUUUCACUCGUCAGGCGAACUGAUUAAUAACAUGUUCCGAUGACAAAGUUAACACGCAGGAGGAACAUUGAUAAUAACGUUACACGGUGCGUCCAGGACCAGAUUUAGCCUAUUUAUGAGAAUUCCUCGGGCUUGUAAAGGGCUGUCGAAGAAAUUGAAAAGGAAUAGGAUUUUCUGACAGUGAGACGCGUGCUUGAAAGGAACGCGCAUUUCUCUUUUGAUAGAAAUGCCAUUCUUUUAUUCUAUAUUUUCUGUUUAUAGGUAAUAUUUUUAUUUGAAGGAUCUCUGAAUUUGUUGCAAGUCGGAUAUUGGAAUACAUUUUAUUCUCUCUUUCAAGUCAUACUUUAUAAAUCAAAGUACAGAAUAAUAUGCGUGGAUGUGUUCAGGAAAUGUUGCAACGAUUAAGAAAUGCAAUUAAAGAGCAGAUAUAUAUUUGAAGUUAUUUGUACCCCCAUUGAAUUCGAUUACAGAUUUAAAAGCUCAAAGGGAAUUCAUUGAAAAUUCCAACAACUCGUUUCGUACGCUCGUUGAUAGUUCAUUGAGGCCUAUCGCCACAUCGAACAAUUAUAUUUUUUAAUAAUUAUUGUACAUCGUUUGUAAAAGCGUUCGAUGAUGAAAUGUGAUAAAUAGUUUCAUACUUCUGACCAGUCUAAAAAUUUUUUUGGAACUUGUUGAAUUAUCGUAUGUUCGUUCUUUUUCUUUCCGGAAACUGAAAAUUUGUGUGAACGUCCGCAGUCUAAAAUACUGAACGAUGAGCUUGUUUAUCUAUGAAUUUCUUAUUCCUAAUUUCCGUAUGUAAUAUGCAGCUUAUACUUUGAAAGUUUAUAUUGUAAAGAACAACAACACGAACAAUGUCGUUAAUUAUUAAGCCCAAAGUACCAGCAAACAUAAAAUUAACGAAACAAGAUGAUGCUGAGAGAAGAUCAUGUAAUAUAUUCAAUGUAAAAUAUUUAAUCUCAUUUUAAGUUAUAACCAUAUAAAAUGGUUCUGAUGUAGAUGGCUGUCCUAGACGGGUUAAUACCAACAAAUUAAUAAUUAAGAAAGAACUUCGAUGUUUUAUUGAAGACGUAAAUGAGUUUAUUUUUAUUAUAUAUUAAUUAUUUACAAUAUAUAUAUACAUAUAUAUAUAUAUUUAUUACAUAAAUAAGA